UUUUCUUAAUUUUAGUUCUCAAAUUUACAGGAACCAAUAUGUUUCCUUUACACAAUGCUGUUGCCUCAAGAAACUUUAAUGAAGUUCAGCGUCUGCUGGCAGAUGGACAUGAUGUUAAUGAACUACAUUAUGACCGUGUCACACCACUUCACAUGGCAUGUUUGUCAGGAGAUUUGAAGACUACACAAUACCUUCUAGACAGGGGAGCAUGGGUUGAUGCACAGAGCAUAGAUAACAGUACUCCCCUCUGUGAUGCAUGUGCUGGAGGCAGCCUAGAAUGUGUAAAGCUGUUGUUACAACAAGGUGCCUCAGUUAACCCACCAUUACUGCUUUCUACACCUCUACAUGAAGCAGCACUGAGAGGACAUACGCAGAUUGUUGCACUGCAUUCAAGAGGUGCCAGGUUGAAUUGUAAUGACCUUCACUAUGGAACACCGCUGCAUGCUGCUUGUUCGAUGCAGAGACCACCAUAA